UGCAGAGUUCCUUGAGGGAGGCACUGAACAUCGACUCAAAGGAGGCCGAGCCAGCGCAGAAAGUUCAUGAAGAGAAAAAGAAGGACAAAAAGGAUAAGAAAGACAAGAAAGACAAGAAGGACAAAAAGGAGAAGAAACGGCCGAAGGCAGCACGAGAAGAUGAAGAGCGUCUGGAGCAGCAGCGGACGCUGCAGGGUUCCAUAAGGGAGGCGUUGAACACUGACUCAAAUGAGGCAGAACCGGAAAGUUCGGAUGUGCUCACGGCAAGUGAGGUGGAAGCAGUAAAGCCGAAUUCGAUCUAUGCUUCCAAUUGUUCUAUGCCAGAGGCCAAUGCUAUUGAAAGCCUGGGGGACAACAUUGCGGAGGACUUGCUUGCUUCGGCCUUGUUGCAUGAGAUGCAACACAAAGAACAGGCCCAGCGGGAAAGCUCUGAAGUCUUGUCUGCAACGCAGGUUUCUGAUGCGGCAACAAUCCCUCCAGAGGCAGCGCGAGAUGACGAAGAGCGUCUGGAAGCACAGCGCACGCUGCAGAGUUCCUUGAGGGAGGCAUUGAACAUGGACCCAAACGAGGCAGGGCCAAGCUCGGAUGUGCUCACAGCUAGUGAGUCGGCCAUGGUCAAAUAUUGCGAGUCUGUGGCAGAGGAGUUGCUCGAUCUGGCUAUGCAGCAGAUGAAGCACGAGCAAGCGGCGCGCCGAAGUUCGACGCCGAGCCGGAUCUCUGAUCCGUCCCUCUCCAACGAGGUGGCCGUUAUAGAGGCAUUGGGGCAGAAGCUCGCUGAGGACUUACUGAACGAUGCUGACCAGCAAUCCAAGGUCUCCAGACCAGCGUCAGAGGUCACCAUCAUGCCCAGCCAAGCAAGAAAGACCAAAGAUGAGUUGUUGGACGAGAUAGACAUCCUGGCAUCAUCCUUGACUGUUGACGUCCUUCAGCCAGAGGACAGGCCAUCAAGCGGUCAAUCAGCUCGUGGUGGUCAGAGUGCUUCCGUGGUCACCGCCGACGCAUCCGAGCCAAUCACGGAGCUGGUCCACAACUGGGUGCAGGACUCACUGCCCAGUCAGGCAGAUACCCAACCAGCCUCGCAGGUGUGCACCGAGGGCAGUGAGCUACUUGCCCCAUCGAUUGAAAGACCGGAGGAUGUGGCCCAGGAUGCAGCCAGUCUGGCCUCAGGCCCCGCCGUCAGUGUGGCCACUUCGCAAGGCUCUUUGCAGGUGGCCAAGGCUACUGCCUUCCACGCACUGAAUGACACCAUCGAGGAAUUGAGGUCGGCGGAGACGGCACCACAGGAAGUCGAAGCGCAUGUUCCAGGCGCUGAUGUUGACGUUGCUGCGAUGGCACAGGACUUGCUCGACUCAGCCGCUGCAGCUACAGCUCAUCCUGUCAGAGCAGCAUCUUUGUUGACCUCUGAGGUCAGCGUUGAGAUCUUGCCAGUGAUUUCUGUGCAGCCUCUAGAGGCAUCUUCAGAAGUGGAAAGUGCUCGGUCAGGGGGCAGCCAGGAGGAUCCCAAGAAGGAUUACAGUGCCACCGCUGUGCACCAAAUGGUGGCUGAAGUGUUGGAGCAUCAGUCUUUGGAUCAGGACUCGGUGGCUCCAGCUGACCCUAGUGAAGUCGAGACAACAAGCGAUAGGCUCUCAUUUGGAAUCGCGGGUCCCGAGAGUGUUUGCUCCGCUGGCUUUGAAGAAGCUGCUUUGCUUCAAGCAGCCGUUGGAGCGGAGCUCCUUAGCGAGGCUGGAGACUUGCUGGAGCUGACAUCAAGACCCGCUUCUGCCCAUACUGCCCACACUGCUGCCAGUCUGGAGGAGCGGAUCGUUGCUGAAGUGGCAGGCGACUUGCUUCCGGAGCAAAACCCAGCCAAGAUAUUGGCGCUGGUGAAAGAGCUGCAGCGGAGAUCUCUUCAAGAACCGGAGGUUGAACUUCAUUUCUCAGGGCCUGGAAUGCAUCGUAUCCACCGUGCUGAAGCUUCAGCUACAUUAUCAGCGAAAGUGCCAGAGGAUGCACAGAAACAAGAACUUUCCACCGGAGCUGAAAGCAAGAAGGAGAUGUUUGCAUCCCAGCCCCGCUUCACUGCACUGGAGGCUGAAUCCUCAAGUGGAGCUGAGCCAACGUCCGUUCCUGGCAAGCCUGCUGUAUCUCAGGAUCGGCUACAUGUUUUGCGGGAGGAGGAAAUUGAUCCCAUCACCAUUGCAGCCGAGGCGCUUGCUCGUGAUGUAGCUUCGCAGGAGAUUGAGGCUCCAUCUGAGAAAACACCAUCACUUGGGGAGCAGACCGUCUCGGACUUGAGCGUCGACACUGCGGCAUUUGGACUUCCCAAGGAAGUCACUGAAAAGAUGAUGAGAGAGGCCUCAGCCGCGAUUCAGGCCGAGCUGGACCUUGCUGCGAUAGUGGCGAAGGCUUUAGCUCAAGACGUUCUUUCCAAAGAAGUAGAGGAAGAGUUGGACCCGGUGGCUCUUGCAUCUCAGGCGUUGGCGCUUGAUGUGAUGUCCAAGGAGGUAGAAGUGGAGGAAGUUCUGGACCCACUGGGGCCUCCAGUGUCCAUAGCUUCCGAGGCAUUGGCACUUGAUGCCAUGUCCCAUGAAGUCUCCGCAGAGCACGUUCCAGAGCCUGAAGAAGAACCUGAAGGGCCAGCAGAGGAUCAGGACGUUGUGCCGCCGGAGCAGCAAUCAAGACGUGUGCGACCACCCGCAGGAUCAGGUGCGGCUGCAGCAGUUGCGGCGCGUCGGCUUGCAGAACACACCAUUGAAGGCAUGAUCAAGCUGCACGAGCGGGAAAAUCGCGAUUUGGAGGCUCUUGUCAAGAAAAAGUUCUACACACCUGCUCCUGGCACUAAGCUGCCCACCGUCUCGAGCUUGCCAUCACUUGGCAUGGGCAAAGGGAAGGCGUGCGAUGAGACCAAGCGCAUCCUCCGAUUAAACUAUCACAGGGUGCUCAACACUCCUACAGUGUACCAGGAACACAGGCCGAGGUCGGCUGCGGACAUGGAUUUGAGGGAGGACCUGAAGUUGCACAACGAUCCAGAAUUACAAGAGAAGCGCUUCCUGAGACAGCGAGGCACCUACCAAGCAGUGCCUGGCAACGUAAAGGCUGUGUCACCUCAAAAGAAGAGCAAAUCGGUGUGCUUGACGCCCAUGAAAUCUCAAAGUGCACCGCUCUUGCCGCCUGCAACUGGAGCAGAUCGAGGACCUCCGAAGCUGAGGCCACUUGCAAAGGGGGCAAACAAUUUGCUAAAGUUGAAGGAUGGCGCACCUCCAGCGCGACUCUUAUGGCCGGGCAUGAGGGCCGUUUGCUCUGGGUCUGGCAGUAGACUUUAGGUUGCAUGCCGGGACUUUGCAGGGCUGAAAUUGGACGGU